CACCCUCACCCGUGUCCAGCUAACCCUCGCGCCCGUCUCUUCACCGCCAACUGCUCGCGUCUCCGCGCUCUACGUCGCUUGCGCCCCUCGCCUCUCCUGCGCGCAUCAUGGCCGCGCCGCAGCGCCUGCCCGACGGCGUCACGCCGGCCGAUCUGGCCGCCAAUGGCGCGCCGCUGCAGCAGGGCACCACGCCCGCGCUGGCGCUCGACGGGCUGCUCCUGCCGCCCAUGGCCACGCCCGAUGCUGCUGCUGCCACCACGCCCAGCGCUGCGCCGCGCCUCAAGGCCACCGUGUCGUCCGAGGCGCCCGCCAAGCUCAAGCGCCGCCGCCGGCUCAACCCGCCGCCGGGCGCGGGCUUCGGGCCGAUGUACAACGUCAUGCGCUUCAUCGGCGAGCGCUGCACCAGCCACUUCUUCAGUCGCGUCAAGGUCAUCGGCGGCGACGACGUGCCCAAGCAGGGCCCAAUCAUCGUCUGCUGCUCGCACUUCUCCACAAUCAUGGACGUCGCCGUCAUCAGCGCGCACCUGCCGCACCGGCGCCCCAUCCACUACUGGGCCAAGCGCGGCCUGUACAAGCGGCAGCCCUUCCGCUGGAUCCUGCACUCGUCGGGCAACAUCAUGGUCGACCGCAAGACGAAGAACAACCAGGAUCUGUUUGCGGGCACGUUUGAGGCCAUGAAGGCUGGCGAGGCCAUCGGUCUCUUUCCCGAAGGCGGCUCGUACACGGAGCAUCGGCUCCAUGGCAUGAAGGCUGGCGCUGCUUGGGCGGCGCUCGAGUUCGCAAAGCACCUGGUGCUCGAGGGCGAGGGCGAUCCGAUGCACACGUCGCUGCGCAUCGUGCCCGCCACAAUCAACUACACCGAGAAGAGCCGCUUCCGCGGCGAGGCCGUGUUCCAGUUCGGCAAGGUCUUCUCCGUCGACGAGUACACCAAGGAGUUCCUCUCUGGCGCCGCGCCGCCAGAGCAAGCCGAGUACUUCGCUCCGCGCGCGCCGACGAUGAACGGCGCUGCCACGCCUGCGUUUCCCGGCUCCUCUCUGCGGCUCGGCCUCGACACGGCCGGCGGCGCCUCUGGCGUCUCUGCGCCGCCCACGCCGGGCGUGGGCGACGGCGCAGGUGCCGACGCCGCCGCGGCCGCCGCCAAGCGUGCCGUCGCGCGCCUGACGGACCGCAUCGGGCAGGAGCUGUACAAGCUGACCAUCGAUGCGCCCACGUGGAAGCAUUGGCACGCCACCAAGAUGGCGCGCGAACUCAUCUGGUGGCGCCAAAACACCAUUCCGCUCGAGGACUUUGUGACGAUCUCCAACUCCUUCAUCAAGCUCCUGGACUCGUCCGACCCGGCUGCCAAGAAUGCCCUCGACGCCCUCUUUUCGCUGCAGGCCUUCUCCCUCGCCGCAUCAGUCGACGUCUUCACGCUCAAUCAGAUCGCUCGGCGCCUCAAGCCCUCGAACCGCGCGGCCAUCGGCUCGCCAGCCAAGAGCGACCUCGAUGCGCGCGCGGCGCAGGCGGCGCUGCCGCGCCUCGUGCCGACGACGCUCGUGUUCGUGCGCGAGCUCGUCAAGCUCGCCGUGCGGCUGCCCAUCGUGGUGCCGCUCAUGCUCGUCUAUGCGCCGGCCUACGUCAUUGGUGCCAGCCUCAGCCUGCGCUAUGCCAGCCACGAGGAGGAGAGCAUGGCGAGCGCCAAGAGUCUCUGUGCCUUCCCCAUUGCGUUCCUGACGCACUUGUUGCUCAUCAGCGGCAUUGCCGCGCUCUUCCUCUUCACGCCGCCCGGCUGGCUUGUGGGCCUUUGCCUUUCGCUGCUCAUUGAGCGAGUGCAUCUGGCGCUCAUCGACGGCACGUAUGCGCGUCUGAAGCGCAUCCACGCCCUGGCGCGCGUGUGGGUGGCCGCGCUGCCUGCUGCCUCCAAGCAGCUCGGGCCCAGCGACGCGGCCGCGGCGCUGGCGCUCGAGGCCUACCUGGAAGGCACGCCCGUGCAGUUCACCUUCAAGCGUGCCCUGCGCCAGAAAGGCCUCGCAAGACCCCUGCCGCAUCGCCUCGCGGGCCUGGCCCUCGCCGCACACGCGCGCGCCGCAGAGGCGCUCGAUGCGCUGCUCGAGAGUGCCCAGCAGCAGCACAGCGACGCCGACGUGGCGGAGGAGCAGCGCGCCGCGGCCGAGUUCAUCGUGUCGCGCAUGCCGCCCUCCAAGCGGCGCAUGCGCUUCAAGUCGGCCUGAAGCCGCGCGGCGCGCUCUCAGGACCCACUCAGCCACUCCGCGCGCGCGCGUUGCCUCCCCCACCCAUCUGCCUCUGCUGCCCCCCUCUGCCUCAAUGCCACAUCUUCAACGGACUCGGCACCAGCGGCGUGAGG